AUGACCGACCUCGCACCGUUUAGAGACGACCCAGGAUUCCACUAUACACAGCCUCCUGCACCAAAGUGGCAGUUUGGAGAUGGUUUGCGCACAGAUUCAGCGCUGGGAGCUCGUUGGAAACAAGACGAGGAUCUGGGAUUCAAGAUUUUUGAUCCAGCAAAGGAAGAGCCUAGGAAUAUCUACAAGCUGAUGACGAGUGGCAUUGUCCCUCGACCAGUCGCAUUUGUUUCCUCGCAGGAUAAGCAGGGAGUAGCCAAUCUAGCACCUUUCAGUUAUUUCAACAUAUGCAACCACAAUCCACCGAUGAUCAGCGUAUCCGUCAAUUGCAAGGGAGAUGUACCAAAAGACACGGCUAGAUGCAUCAUGGAAACUGGAGAGUUUACCGUCAAUAUCAUGUCCGAGGCAUUUGCAGAGGCGGCCAACUGGACCUCGGUAGAAGCCCCGUACGAGGUCGAUGAAUGGGUCGGAAGCGGACUCACGCGUGUACCGAGUACCCUCGUCAAGCCUCCUCGCGUGCUCGAAAGCGCGUUUAGCAUGGAGUGUGAGUUAUACAAGUCUGUUCCACUCGCUUCGCCGUCGACACCGGACAAACCAACUUCUUACAUGCUGAUCGGCCUUGUCAAGCUGAUCCAUGUUCGGAACGCGGUAUUGACCGAGGCGGGAAAUACAGUCGACCCUCAUAAACUGGCUCCAAUUGCGCGUAUGGGCGAUAUCACAUACUCGACACUCGGCAGUGGUUUUCGGAUUCCAAGGCCUCAGUGGGACGACGUCAAAGCAGAAUACGAAAAGCGGGCUUCCUAG